UCUACCUAUUGUGGCAAAAUUUCAAUUUCUUUAUGUAUUAAAUUAUAAAGUUGGGAUCUUUUUCCAAAACCCCCUUUUGAAAUCCUAUGUGUGUGUGACCCCUUCCUUCCAUGCAUUCUCUUCUCCUCCAGCUACUACUCUCUCUCUUUUUCUCUUAUAUUUAUAUAUAUAUAUAAACCUAACCAUUAUCAUGUUGGUACCAAUCACCAACAAAUUAAAUAGCUGAAAAACCUCAAAAGAAAAAGAAAAGAUCAAGAUGGGAAGAGCUCCUUGUUGUGACAAAGCUAAUGUCAAAAAAGGUCCUUGGUCUCCCGAGGAAGAUGCCAAACUCAAAGCUUAUAUUGAGCAAUAUGGCACCGGCGGUAACUGGAUUGCCUUGCCUCAAAAAAUAGGUCUUAAGCGAUGUGGGAAAAGUUGCCGGCUGAGAUGGCUGAAUUAUCUCCGCCCCAACAUCAAACAUGGAGGCUUCUCCGAGGAAGAAGAUAACAUCAUUUGUAGCCUCUAUAUAAGCAUAGGAAGCAGAUGGUCAAUAAUUGCAGCUCAGUUACCGGGAAGAACUGAUAACGACAUAAAAAACUAUUGGAACACAAGAUUAAAGAAAAAGCUUCUGGGAAAGCAGCAACAAGCUCUAGCAGCUCGUCGAAUUAUUCAACCCCUCAAAAAGGAUGAUUUUGAUAAAAACUUCAACAAUAAUAUCAUUCUUCAUCCUGCAGCUUCAGUCUCGUCCAUGAAUCUCAAUAAUUAUGAAGCCCCAUAUGUUCCGACUCCCAACACAAGCAGCCAAGAUCAUCAAGUUAGAGACUUGAUCUUGAAAAUGGGUGGAAAGUUUUUUUGUUCUGAUCAUCAUCAUCAUCAUCCUCAAUCAUUUCAAUUCAACAACCCAUUAAUGGAUAAUCAAAAUCCAUUAAUGUUUCAAAGUUCAAAUUUUGAUGAGUUCAACAUGCAAUUUGGAGUGAGCAAUGAUGCAAUAUUCCAUGGAGCUGAUCAAAAUACAAAUAGUAGUGGUGAAUUUGGAGAUCCAAUAAUGUUGGAGAAUUUUGAAAAUGGGUUAGUGGAGGAUUUUAAUUAUGGGAUUAUGGCAAGUAGUAGUAAUUCUGGAGAAAGCAGUAGUUUGGGUGAAAUCAGCUCUUUGGGUUUUAAUUAUUCAGAUUUUGAAGCUUCCCAACAUCAUAAUCAUCAUGUUAUUGCUCCUGCUUUUGCUCAUCACUCUACACAUUAUUCCCUCCAAUGACAAAAACAACCUAAGCCUCUUCACUACAAAAAGGGUUUGUAAAUUUGUAUUGGGUUUUCUUUUCCCCUUAAUCCAAUCUCAUUCAAUGCUCCAUCUUUAACUUCAUAUAUCUCUCUCUAUUAUUUAUUUAUUUUCCCCCUAAUUUGAGUUUGUUCCUCUAGAACUUCUAAUUCUUCUUAUUUUCUAUCUUAAUCUU